GGGGAGAGGCGGGCCUUGGGAACCGUCUCAUGGUUGGGGGGUGGGGGGAAGAUGGCGGAGCUGAUGCUCCUCAGCGAGAUUGCGGACCCGACGCGUUUCUUCACCGACAACCUGCUGAGCCCGGAGGAUUGGGGUCUGCGGAACAGCACCUUGUACGCCGGCCUGGAUGAAGUGGCCGACGAGCCGGCGCAGCUUUUUCCUUGCCCGGAACAGGAUGUCCCGUUUGACAGCAGCUCUCUGGAUGUGGGGAUGGAUGCCAGCCCCCCUGAGCCCCCCUGGGACCCUCUGCCUAUCUUCCCGGAUCUUCAGGUGAAGUCUGAGCCGUCCUCCCCCUGUUCUUCCUCCUCUCUCAGCUCGGAGUCAUCACACUUCUCCACGGAGCCCUCGGGCCAGGGCCCGGGAGUAGGGGAGGUGCUGCACGUGAAGACAGAGUCCUUGGCGCCCCCGCUGUGCCUCCUGGGAGAUGAUCCAGCACCCCCAUUUGAGAUCGUCCAGAUCAAUGUGGGCUCCACUUCUGAUGACCCCUCAGAUGUCCAGACCAAGACAGAACCUGUCUCUCCAUCUUCCUCGGUGCACUCUGAGGCCUCCCUGCUCUCAGCAGACUCCCCGCACCAGGCUUUCCUAGGAGAGGAGGUACUGGAGGUGAAGACGGAGUCCCCGUCACCUCCGGGAUGCCUGCUCUGGGAUGUGCCCGCGCCCUCAUUUGGAGCUGUCCAGAUCAGCAUGGGCCCAUCCUCGGAAGGCUCUUCAGACAGAGCCCCACCCCCCCGGAAGCCACCGCUGCAGCCUAAACCUGUGGUGCUAACCACUGUCCCGAUGCCACCCCGAGCUGUGCCUCCCAGUACCGCUGUCCUCCUGCAGCCCCUCGUCCAGCCACCUGCAGUGUCCCCAGUUGUCCUCAUCCAGGGUGCUAUCCGAGUGCAGCCUGAAGGGCCAGUCCCCCCUGUUCCACGGCCUGAGAGGAAGAGCAUCGUCCCGGCUCCUAUGCCUGGGAACUCCUGCCCGCCUGAAGUAGACGCGAAGCUGCUGAAGCGGCAGCAGCGGAUGAUCAAGAACCGGGAAUCGGCCUGCCAGUCCCGGAGGAAGAAGAAGGAGUACCUGCAGGGGCUGGAGGCGCGGCUGCAGGCCGUGCUGGCCGACAACCAGCAGCUGCGCCGGGAGAACGCUGCCCUCCGGCGGCGGCUGGAGGCCCUGCUGGCCGAGAACAGUGAGCUCAAGCUGGGUUCCGGAAACCGGAAGGUGGUGUGCAUCAUGGUCUUCCUUCUCUUCAUUGCCUUCAACUUUGGACCUGUCAGCAUCAAUGAGCCUCCUUCAGCCCCCGCCGCUCCGCGGAUGGCCAGGGAGCAGCCUCGGCCCCAGAGACACCUGCUGGAGUUCUCAGAGCAAGAGCCGGUGCAGGAGGUCGAGCGCAUCCAGGGGUCCUCCCGAGGCCCCGAGGAGCCCCAGGCCAGCCCCGCAGGCCAGCCCAGUUUCAGGAACCUGACCGCCUUCCCGGGGGGCGCCAAGGAGCUCCUGCUGAGAGACCUGGACCAGCUCUUCCUCUCCUCCGACUGCCGGCACUUCAACCGCACCGAGUCCCUCAGGCUUGCCGAUGAGCUCAGUGGCUGGGUCCAGCGCCACCAGAGAGGCCGGCGGAAGACCCCUCAGAGGGCCCAGGAGAGACAGAAGGCUCAGCCGCGGAAGAAAUCGCCUCCAGUUAGGACAGUCCCCACCCAACCCCUGGGCCCCCCAGAAAGGAACUCCGAGGGCCAGCUGCAGCUCUACCGCCGCCCCGACCGCUCGCAGCCGGAGUUUCUGGAUGCCAUCGACCGGCGGGAAGACACCUUUUAUGUUGUCUCCUUCCGAAGGGACCACCUGCUGCUGCCCGCCAUCAGCCACAACAAGACCUCCCGGCCUAAGAUGUCCCUGGUGAUGCCUGCCAUGGCCCCCAACGAGACCCUGUCAGGUCGGGGGGCCUCCGGGGACUAUGAAGAGAUGAUGCAGAUCGAGUGUGAGGUCAUGGACACCAGGGUGAUUCACAUCAAGACCUCCACGGUGCCCCCCUCACUGCGCAAGCAGCCGGCCCCUGCCCCGGGCAACACCACGGCGUCCGCAGCCGGCCAGGCCCGACAGGCCUCCCCCCCGCCCCUCUACCUCAAUCACCCCUGAGCCCUCCACGCACGCUGACUGAGCAGGGGGCAGCUGGGACCCUGAGGGGCUGCCUUGCUCCCGGCUGAGGAGGCCCGGCCGCAUCCCUUCUCAAAAUACAGGCUCCGGGCCCUCCUCUGCGCCCCAGGCCCUGCCUCUUCUUGGACAGUGUUCAGUGAGGUCCCGUUUCGAGGUGGGAGGGCCCCUGCGGCUCCCUAUUCUUUUGUUUCUGUUUUCGGGGUGGAGGUGGGAUUUGGUCCCCAGGUGGGACAAGGGAAUUUUUUAUUUUAUUUUAUUUUUUUUUACAUUUUGAGCUAGUUCCCGGGAAUACAGGAGGGGUGGUGGAGGGAGAUGGGGUUUACGUGUGUGCAUAUCUUGUUUUUUAUUAUUAAAUAAACAACGUGGAGGGAG